AUGAAGCCGGCCGCAUUCGCUUGCGCCAUCUUAGCCAUAUUGUCUUCGACGGUCAUCUUAUUGUCUACAGCUGGAAUGCUUUGUAUCUAUAUAGCCAAAUUGGGAGAUGAAAUGAGUACCGAACUGGAUCAAAUAAAGGUUCACCCUCCUAUUUUUGGAGAAUCUUUACUGCAUAAAUGGGCCAUUAUUAAGAGGGAAACCGACAAUCUUUGGCGAGAAAUGGUGAGCAUGGACGGGAAUUUAGACGUAUCCCGAAGGACAAGAAGACAACUGGAAGAAUUACUCAAUGCUCCAGAGAUUGAAAAAACUCUACCAAACAAUGCGGCGCCUGAAGUUUUGGCCAAUUUUUCACCGUGCGGUAUGUUUUUUCUUGUUCACAUUUUUGAAGUUUGA